ACAGUUACGACAUUCUUGAAGAAGUCACGCCAGCAAUUUGGUCCAAAAUCUGUGCUGUACAUCUCAUUUGGUUCAUUAUUCUUCCCAGUGGAGACACCCCAUCUGGUCAAGGUCAUGAUUGACGUGCUGCUCAAUCUCAAAACUGUUGUGCCAUUCAUAUUUGUCCUAGCUGGAGCAAUGGCCUCCUUGUCAGCAGAGACUAUUGAUUGUGUGCAUGCUAGUGGCAGAGGCAUUGUGUGUGCUCACUGGGUCAAUCAGAAAGCCAUCCUGAAGAGCGGCACAGUUGGAUGGUUUUUGACACAUGGUGGCUAUAAUUAA